CAAAUGUCCACAAUUUGUGCGGGCGGCCAAAGCCUGCAGAGCAAGUAUGGCGGCCGGGCUCCUCCCCACGUCCACCUCCCUGACCGACAAUGGCCAUCCAAGAAGUUGAUUAAAUCCCCCAUAUGGCUGUCGACGGAUCUUCGGGAUGGCAAUCAAGCUCUUCCCAACCCCAUGACAAUCCAGCAGAAAUGGCAGAUGUUUCGCCUGCUGGUGGCCAUUGGGUUCAAGGAGAUUGAGGUGUCCUUCCCCUGUGCCUCAGACACCGAGUUCAACUUCACGCGGGAGCUCCUGGAGACCCCCGGGGCGGUGCCGCCAGAUGUCAGUCUGGAAGUGAUGACUCCCUGUCGGAAGGAGACGCUCAAGCGCGCGGUCGACAGCCUCAAGGGGGCCAAGAAGGCGAUCCUCUUCACCUACCUGGCAACCAGUGACAACUACUGCGAGACCAUCCUGCAGCAGCCGGCGGAGACAGAGUGGUUGGCGCGGGUGGCGGAGUGUAUCGAGUACGCGCGCUCGAUCACGAAAGACGACGCGGAAGCGCAGGGCACGCAGUGGACGCUGGGAUUCGGCUUCGAGGACUUCGCGAAUGCACGCCCCGAGGCCGCCCUCCGCCUGGCGGCGACGAUCCAGGCAGCGUGGAAACCCACCCGCGACCAGCCCGUCAUCUUAGGGCUUGCUUCCAGCGUCGAGGCCACCACCGUCAACGUCUUCGCGGACCAGGUCGAGUACUUCGCACGCCACCUCCAGGGCCGCGACACGGUCUGCAUCUCAAUCCACACGCACAAUGACCGCGGGGGCGCCGUCGCCGCCGCCGAGCUCGCGUGUUUGGCGGGCGGGGAUCGCGUCGAAGGCUGUCUGUUUGGCAAUGGUGAGCGCGCCGGCAACCUCGACCUCGUGACGGCCGCCAUGAACUACUUCACACAGGGGAUUGAAACAGGCCUGAACCUCUCGGACCUGCCGGCCAUCCGGCGCGUGUACGAGGAGGUCACUCAGCUGCCCGUCCACCCGCGUACCCCGUACUCCGGCGACUACUACUUCCGUGCCUUCUCCGGGGCCCAUCAGGAUGCCAUCCGCAAGGGAUUGAACAGGCGCGCCGCCAACCCAUCGCGGAGUGCGUGGCGGGUGCCGUACCUGCCCCUCGACCCGGCCGAUCUGGGUAUCUCCUUCGACAGCGUGAUCGGCGUCAACAGCCAGAGCGGCAAAGGGGGCGUGGCCUGGCUCAUCCAGCAGGGUCUCGGCUUGACCCUGCCCGGCCAGCUGGCGGUCCUCUUCAGCAGGAUCGUCAAGGUGCAAUCCGUCGCGUGGGAGCGAGGUCUGGCCGCCGAGGAGGUCUGCGCGCUUUUUCUGGAAUCCUACGACCACAACGCCUCCUACCGUGCCCGCAUCCUCGGACGACAGCAACAGGGGUUC